AUGGCCGGCGGCGGGGAUGAGGCGGCUCUGUGCGCGGCGACGUCGGAGGGGGUGUGGCAGGGGGACAACCCGCUGCACUUCUCGCUGCCGCUCAUCAUCCUGCAGGUCUGCCUCGUCCUCGUCCUCACCCGGGGCCUCGCCCUCGCGCUCCGCCAGCCCCGCGUCAUCGCCGAGAUCAUCGUACGGCAAACCAACAAGUCUGAAUCUUGCUGCCCAGAAAAAUAA